AUGGCAGUGGCUUUGCUUGAUGAAGAAAAUCAGAGUCGCCGUGGUUCACAAGAAAUUCUCGGGAAAAAUGUUGCUGGAAAUUUGGUACUUCUUCCCGAGCAAAAGUUCACAGCUGUUAUACGAAUGUUGGCGUAUGGGUCAUCUGCUGAUAAGGUGGAUGAGAUUGCCCAGAUGGGGAAGUCCACUAUUUUGGAGAGCUUGGUGAGAUUUUGUGAUGCAGUCGAAACUCUGUACACUACGCCCAGGGACUUGCAACGGCUUCUACAAAAAGCCGAAGCUCGAGGAUUUCUAGGAAUGAUUGGUAGCAUCGACUGCAUGCCCUGGCAAUGGAAGAAUUGCCCAACUACUUGGUAA